CUGAGCGAUUCCGCUCUCUGAUGGGCGGAGCAUGAGAAGGGCUGUCAGCUAGAGUGCUGUAGCAGACUGUGUGAGUGUGUGUGUAUUUGUGUUUGUGUGUGUGUGUGUGUGUGUGUGUUGGUUUGCGAAAGUGUGAGGAAGCAGUCCGGUGUGUGAGAGAACCUUUGGCUUCUAGUACUUCAGCACACUGCCCACCUUUGGUGUCUUCAAGAGGAAAUAAUUGCAGAUACACUUGACGAAGAGGCCGAAGAACCAAACCUACUCCCAGAGAAGGCCACAGAAGUGAACAAGUGGAGAACAACAGUUUCAACAGCAAAGGCAGAAAUCUGACCAGAGGGCCAGAGGAGUGACCUUGAGCCAAAAGACUCAAGGGAUCAGUUUAUUGGGUGAAAAAUACUGGAGAGUGAUUUGAGCGUUUAGGUGGCCCGGUCCAGCAGCCUCAUGGCCAGCAACAACACCGCCAGCAUCGCCCAGGCCCGCAAACUGGUGGAGCAACUCAAGAUGGAGGCCAACAUUGACCGGAUAAAAGUGUCCAAAGCGGCGGCGGACCUGAUGUCAUAUUGCGAAGCCCACGCCAAGGAGGACCCUCUGCUGUCACCUGUGCCUGCCUCUGAAAACCCCUUUAGGGAGAAGAAGUUUUUCUGUGCCAUCCUGUAAAGCAGCACCCGCCGGCCAUGGGGCUGCCCGCUCCCUCUGGGACCCACACAAACACAGACAUUACAAAAUGUAGAUCUUUUUACUGAGGCCUGAGGGGCAGCAGCAGCAACUCCUCAACCUCCACUGGUUUCCCGUGAGCCCAGCGGAAGCUCCCUGAGUUCACAGUGUGGAGGGAGAGCUAGUGCUGUGCAUGUUUACAAGAGAGAGCACAGCCAACAUGAGCGACUGGCACCAUAGCAGCUCAAGCAGGAUAUGAUGUGUAAAUUGAAGUAUUCAUGCGGUAUUUUGUGGUUCUUCUGAGGUAUUCAAAUGUUUUGUUUGAUUAAAUUAAGUUGGCCAUGAUUAUGAAGCUGAUCACUGAGCAUAGAGCCAGACUUCUCAUGGAAAUGUUCUGAUUUCUUCUUUGUUCGCUUUAUUUCAGUAAUCAUUUAUUAUUUCCCUUCAAAUGAAUUUGGUAUAUAUCACUUAGGUAGCUUUCUAUGUAUGUGAGUACUUUUUUAAUUUAAGGAUAGUAGAUAGGUAAAAGCAUUUUUUAUGAAAAAUUUGAACACGUGCAGAUAUUACUAAUAGAUACUUAUCUUUACAGCGCUGAUUACAAUAUUUGAAUAUGUAUAGCAGGCAAUUUAAUUUUUUUGGUCUUCUUCAAAAACAUAGGUCUCUUUUUACUAUUUGUAAAAAAAAAUAUUAACUGUGUUGUGCUGUAUGGUUUGAAUGUUUGUGGUGAAUUCAAUAAUAACUGCAUGAAGACUGAAAAA